AUGGGCAGCUGCGCCCUCUGUACACGUCCAAGGUAUCCUGUCGGUCAUCAGCCUUCGGGGCGGUGGGUCAUAGAGCGUCGCGAUGGGUUCAAGCACACCAAAUUUAUUAUUAGUGAGGAAUACGCUGAAUUGCCAGUCACUCGUUCGGUCGCCGUUUUUGGCGCUCUAACCAAGGGUACGACUGACCGAGGAGCCCAGUUCAAAUCUGCCCUUUCCCAAGCCCUCCUCAACUUGCUUGGCUUCACAUUCCUUCGGACGAGGACCUGCCAUCUAGCAGCCAACAGCACGACCGAGCGUUUCCGCCGCCAGCUGAAGACCGCCUUGCGGGCCACAGAGGACCCAGCCAAUUGGUCUGACAACCUGCUCCUUGUGCUCCUUGGUCCUCGCUCGGCACUGAAAUCGGAUCUGGAUUGCAAUGAUUUUUUUACUUUACCCUCUGACCGCCAGGCGAGAUGGUCACUCCAACCUCUCGUGGUGCUGAUGAGAUUCCCAACAAUUUUGUGCAUCGUUUGCAUUCACCUUCCGGGGUUCCGCCUCGAACUCAAUCGACUGAGUCUUAUGUUAAAGAAGGCUUGGUCAACUGCACUCAUGUGUUUGCUCGGUAUGACCGUGUGUGUAAGUCACUGGAACCACCUUAAGAAGGACCGUUUCGCGUACUCUAGCGCAAUGUCAAGACCUGCCGGCUCCCUCCUGGUGGAAAAGAGGACGUGAUCAGCAUCGACCUGGUCAAGGCUGCUGCCACAGAGGUGCCGCCGGACCUGCCCCAAGGGCAUAACUGCGCUGAACCCCUGCCCCGUGCUGCACCAACUCCCCUGCCGCGUGCUCCUCCACCUUCCAUAAUCUCUGCUCCAAUUUCCCAACCUUCCUCCUUCCCCAUCACCCCACAGCCCCCCACUCUAACUCUUCCAACGCCACUGGCAUUCGCACCACUCGUAGCGGCUGCCGAGUCCACUUUCCCGACCGUCUUAGCAUUGGAGCGUUUUAACAUUUUACUUACCUUCAGCGUCGUUUUUACACUGGCCUCCAGUCUAGGCUGGGGGUACUGUGGCAGUCCUUUUCCGCAUUUUUAUUCAUACACCUUUUUUAUGGUUAUUCCAUUUGUUAAGCAUUUCGUUAACUCGCAUUCGUCCUUAUUUGUUCCAGUUGGUGUCUAUGACACGGUGACGCGAAACACUCCAACUGGUGUGAGCUCCGGUUUCAUUAACUGACUUUUAACCUAUUGCCUUUGUUCUUCACUGGGCGGGGUUGGCAGUCGAGUCCGUUCUGGCGUGGCAGUUUCACUUAACUUUUCUCGACUUGGUCUUAAUGUGGAAUCGCAUUGUCGAUUGUCUAAGCCCGCUAAAAAACUUUCUUGCGUUCAUCAAAGGGAUCUGCGGCCUAAACCCAAGGGAACUGCACAGCUGUUCAAUUCCGAAAAAGCAAUAUCUUGAACGAAAAAUCACACAUUCUGGAACACAAGGCUGUGCUCGGCCAGAUCCUAUUUCGUAGGGGUUAGGGGUUAAGGUUGGGGGUCAGGGGUGAGGGGUUAGGGUUAGGUGUUCGAUUGGGGCUACGAAAUAAGAUUCACCCUGCGCUCUUCAGAAGCGGCUCCAAUCGUCUACCUACAAUAUUCGACAAAGUCGUCGAUAAACUCCCUCAACUGGGAACCAACACGGUCAUCGUUCGUCCGUCAUCAUCAGACUGCACGCCAGUGACAAAACACCGGACACUGAUUCACUUCCGGGUAGAAUCUUCGAAUAUGUGGUGGCUCUCACUUUGAAGAACUAUCAAGAUCGGCCAGUAGAUAAUCGGCCGGAUCUUCAAAGUCAACUAGACCUUCGACCGACUACAGCCCUCAGUUUGAACUCGACGCCACAUUCAACUGAACACGAAAAUGAGGAUGUACAGUGUCGUUCUCCUGAUAACGCUCUUGAACGGGGUGGAAACAUGGUCAGCUUACCAGAGUCAAGCAACGAAACAGUCAUUUGCGCCUGAGCUGCCUCCACAGAGUACCGAAGUAGAGAUCAUACGAAAGGAUCCCUGACACGGAAAUCAUGGAGGGAGCCGGUAUUCUCGGCAUGCGCCAGUCCUCGCAAAAUAGGUGGAAAACAGCUUCGUUGCAAGGACGUUCUGGAGACCUCCUGUAGCCAUCUGAAGGUCAGGCCUUUGACCUGGGAGCAUCUCGUUCAAGAUCAACACGCGAAACGCAGCACUGUACAAACUGGAGCCAUAAUCUACGAAACUUAUCGCGUAAAAGAGGUCAAAGAGAAGAUAAGGGCGCGCAAAUCUUAUAUAUCUCGGGUCGACGCCAAAUACGCCCAACACAGAACAACACAUCUGCAUUACCAACUGAUGUUCUUAGCCCAUAUAGGAUUCAUCGGACAUCUCCAAAUAUGACGUCGUGACAACACACCUAGUGGUUAGAGGCGUGGACUUCUAAAUAACAGGUCGCGAGUUCGAGCCCCCGGCGUUCCACACUUCGGGGUUGGGUAUGACUGGCUGACGAAGGCUAAUAAGCCAGAAAUGGCCAUUCCAGUCUCCCUUGUCUUUGUCGGUAGUACCAUUCUGCCUGUAUCAUGCGCCGCUGUGCGGCUGCUGGUUGAGAUCGAGAGAGAGCCUAUAAGGCACAACGGAACGAGUGAGUUCCGUAGGAACGAUCGGUGAGCGCCCCCCUACCACCUAAAUCAUCACCACGGCACAGGACGUCACUGUCAGCAGCAAAGUCACAGAUGCAAACCGAUCUGCUCAGUCUUAUCUCAUCCACAGCAGCACCAACAGCAAUGUGAAUUCCGAUUCCCAUUGCGGACUUGCCUUUACAUUACACAUCGACAUAGCCAGUCACUUACGAGUUCAGCUUAGUGUGCCCGGUGAACCGGUGCCACCUCCCUUUCGCCUCACUUGCCGAACUGUUACAGGAGAUUCUGACAUGGUAUGGUCCGGUUCGGCCAUAUACGUAUUCACAAAAAUCUUCAGUAAACAACAGAGUGAAGACCUCAUUACCACACCUCGCUUUCUUACUUGCCCACACACCAUAGUUCAACCGUCGCAUCCGACAAUGACUCCGUAUGCUCCACAGCAGGGUGGGAGUAGGGACGGAGACUUGCGCAGGAUUUAUACCAUCUACCACACUCUCUCCCCCUCCCCCACCUGGAUCCGGUGUCAAGACAUAAUCAAGAGAACCGGGGCGGGAGAGGGCACAGGUGGAUGGCACGGCCGAGCCCGCAUCCUGGCGCCCCACUCCACAUCCCCUGGUACACACAGCAAAUGACCAGGAUUUUAACUAACAACAAAAGGAGUGGAUGGCAUGGUCGAAGUCGCACCUAGGCGUGCUGUCACGCCUGGCUCGGACCCCACGGAGUGGGAGUGCCAUAGAGACCACAGUAAGAAGGAGCCAUUGCAGCAGCCUGACUCUUAGACCACCAGCCGGACACUCCAAACAAACACACAACACUGGGCCGACUGCGAGAUCCACCAGAGAUGUCACCAGUCGACCAUUUACCUUUUGCAAGGAAGACGUCAUCAAACUACCUCACAGAGACUGGCACUGACCUCGACUACCCGACCUCCCUGCAGAAAAGUCACAGCAAAUAUUUAGUGGAAAAUAUUCUGGCACCUACUCGACAAACAAGGUAACCCUCAACUGAUGGAGUAGCUUAUUCCACUAUUCCAGAAAAUGGGGCGACAGAGACAAAUGCACAAGAUUGCAAACACAUAACACACAUCGGGUGUGCCACCAAUCGACCAUUUACUAUCUGCAAGGAAGACGUCAACAGGUCUCCUGACGGGGAGACCAAUGCUGACCUCGAUUAUCUAUCUCCCCCCCCCUCCCCCCUGCAGAAAGCUGUCAUGGUAAUGCAAUAGACGCCCAAUGGAAAAUCUCGGGGUGCAGACUCAACUCCACUCUAACCAAAAACACGGCGACCCUCAUAUAGUAUAAAAGUCAAUUUUACUAUUCCAAGGGAAGUGGCCAGAAGGACAAAUCCGCAAAACUGCAAACACAUAACCGUAAUUCAUCCAAACAAUCGCUGAGGAAACCAGUGUGUCUGUGACAAUCCUCGAAGGAUCUCCCGACUCAAUAUUGCUGACAAAUUCUCCACCCGAUUACUACUCAGUCGUCUAAAUCUACACUUGGAUCAUUGCAGAUUCUCAGAAAAUCAGACACCAUUGAUAUGCACCUGACGGUUCGACAACUGAAGGCAGGUGUCAAGAAACUGGGGUGGACCUUUACAUCACCUUUGUGUGUCCCAUGGAAACCUCCGACACCGGGAACAGAAACGAUCUGUGGAAAAUAAUGAGAAAAUUUGGAUGCCACAAGCGGUUCACAAUGACAGUUGGGCAACGUCAUGACGACAUGGUAGGACACAGGGCGGAAGCGUUUCGGAGUGACAUACGAGAUGUAGCAGGACUGUCUGCUUAGCCUAAUCCUCCUCAGCCUAAGCUCUCACUAAGACUGAUAGACGUAAACCGAGGGGAUCGACCAGACAUCGGCAUUUUAUAACGAGGAAAAGGAAACUACGAACACUUGCCGUGUGUAGGCCAUCCUAACGGCCUCCAAAGACAGGUCACAUUACUCCCGCUUUGCCGUUGACUACGCAUUCAACAGCGCAAUUGAGGAGGCUGGUUAGCCAAUUCUGAAACCCUUCUCUGCCGACUGCGCCAAUUUCGAACUAAUGAUUAACACGCAAAGGCGAAUAUCGUAUACAAACCGGCGCCAACUUUGUAUUACCCCUAGCACGCAGUAAAUAUCAAUGGUAACUGCCUGCUGGUGGUGAACCUGGACAACUGCAUCUCAUGGACCAAACAAAUGGGAGAAGUUAGUUCAGUCAUUUGGCGUUUAACAGGUUAUAGCACUCGGUGUGGAAUCGCCCUGGCAGUCUCCUCAGUAUGAAACUCAGGAUGUGCAGGACUGUCAUCGUGACAACACUGUUUUUUGGUGUGGAGACCUGGAUAAUCUACCUAAGUCAAGUGAGAAAGCUCAGCCACUUCAACCUAAGCCGUCUUUGAGGAGUAUGUAAGUGGGAUGGUAGGAAUGGAUUACGGACAGUCAGGUAUAAACUAUAAAGAAGACGUGAUUCUCUAUUGAUUGACUAAAAGAAAGCCUAUUUUUGUUUAUGGUUUCUAUAAAAUAUAUUUGAAUUUCCAAGACCGUCGAAAAUCAAUGGGAAAAGUGCAUGCUACUUAAGUAGUCAUUUUUUACCGAGUAAGCUUUUUACAGGAGAUUGAAAAGAAGUGUAUUUAAAAGCCGACAUCCUGUCGAGUCCAAAAUGUUAUAAGAGUAUGCCUUAAGAUAAUCAGUAUCACAACCGCGACCAAGUAAUCCUUCCUAAUCGAAAGCGCAUUUCAGAAUUUCAGCCAACAUUUCAUGAGAUAGGUCACGCACUGUACGUAGCCAACACAGCCUGACUACAGAGUCAGUUCGUAGAGCCGCCGCCAACAUCCGUCACUCACGCCCUUCUACCACAUGCUGUAACCACACGUCCAAUCACCCCAUUAACCUUUCCGAUCAUGAGCGCAUAAACAAUGGCAGCAAUCAGUAGAAAGUCGUCCAUCUGUCAAGCCCACAUCGUCUCCAUACAUUUAUUAACUGCACGAACCUUUCUGGCUAUCCACGCACACACUAAGGCCAGUCAUUCUUCAAGUAGCAACGCUUCAAUUAUGCUUGGCAGCGUCGGUAGCUGCGGACGACCUACUAUGCCUGCUUGUGUGUACGAAUACGUGGGAAGCAAUAGACCGAGUCUCUACACAGGGCCAAGUCACUGCGCCCAAUCUGACCGCCAAUUGGUCGAUGGGUUCGAGCACUCCACUGGUACACAGAAGGGAAACAAUAAUGAGACUGGCAGUGAAAUACACAUCUUCUUGGCAAUUUAAAUCGUUUCUCGUCAGCAUAAAGCUACCAUGUCUGUGUUAAAAGUAGUGGCUUGAAAGUCUGCCAGAUGACAGGGUAAUUCGAUACUACUAAGGGUUGUUGGUCAGUAUGCCCACGCUCGCCUCCAGUCGUCUUGACUUUCUAGGGUAACGCUCGCACUGGUCGGAGCAUCGUGUGUGAGGUUCACCAGUCUGACCUGGUUGUGGUAUGAAAUACGGUCUGAAGACGGCAAGUAGUGAGAAGGGGCCUUCCAUGCAGUCCUGAUCUACUCAAUAAUACAUUUGGAUUAUCGAGUGCUCGUUGCUGUGCUACAACCUGCGACACAGGGUCUCCGUAUUUUAUCCAGCAAUCGGACCAGACAGCGAACCCUAUUCCAACGUGACUGUGAGUUUAAUAUUGUAGUCCCAAUUUUACUUAGGGCCGGGCAGCCAAUAAGAAUUCAUAUUUUCGUGAAUUUCCAAAAACACCCUCUUUGAUUCACACCUCUUUUCCUAGAAAACGCGGGUACUGCUUAAACUGCUACUGCCUUUUGGCCAAGCUCAGAGGUCGAACAGUGGUGCUUCGCACGAGUAUGAUCCGGCUUGUGAUCAGGUCACAUUUUUGUGCUUCGGUGGUGUCGGCUGCUUUCUGUCAGAUGCGGUCCAACCUCACCUCACCCAGGACAAGGCAGUGCACGUGACUUUCGCACCCUCAUGAUAAAACGCGUCACACUGAUGCUCCCCGAUUUGGCCUAACUUUAGACCGGAACACGGACGCUCCGUUUUGUCUAAGAGGUCCUGACCAGAGCCCAUUCAGGCGGCCUGCAGCGACAAGUGACAGAUUAUUAACAACCACUGUUGACGAAGACAAGGGAGACUGGGAUGGCUAUUUCGGCCUUAUUUGCCUGAGCCCAGUGACAUAAAAGAAUGCUCCUAGACCACGGUGAAAUAGAACCAGGUCUAUGAACGCAACUGACAGGACGCGGUCUCAUGGCUCAGUUGGUACAGUGAACUCGAAUUCAGAUCAAGAGUAUUGUGCGGCCUUCAAGUAUUGGUGCGACGCACCUACAACGGCAGUUUAACGAAAAUCGGUUCUCCCAGUCUUGCAAGUUUCGGUGAUAAUGCUUCUCGGAAAUAAUCUUAGAGGCUGUAUGCUCACGCUCUUGUGUACUCCCACACAGAUUCGGUCAGACGAAGCCUUCGACCAAGGCACCUUGUGCCUUUCAGCGUGCAUUCUGCCCAGCAUAUUUGAGCGAACUCAUUCCCCCCCGCGAAAAUGCUAAAAAAUUUCACGCGAAGUUCUGCGAAUCUGAUUCUUUGUAAUAACGGAUCGGCCACAUUCAUGAGAGUAGUAUAUCGGCAUACAUGCUAUGAAUAAGACGACAUAUAUGUAUAUUUGUAUAUAUUUUUUUAUAUUUGUAUAUACUUGUAUACACGUAUAUUUGGACUUUUUUCAAACAAACCUAUAACCCUUACCUACACCUUUUUCGGCAUUAUAAUGCUGUUUAUCUGACGACUAGUGGCACUCAUAGCAGAUUCAAAUUUACACCGGUAUGGAAAGCCUCAGAAUGCAAAGCCUACCCAACGCAUAGAGGGAAUAAAUGAAAAAAAAACAACACGCCAGAGAAGUUUGAAAUACGCACGAAAAUUGGCACUACAAGUACAUUAUUGAAAGUGGACUUAUUGCAAAUGGUGACUGAAAAUGUAUAGACACCAUCUUUAUCUGCUCACUAAUCCGCUAGCCGGUACUGCUAGUCAGCAUGCCGAAUUCUCACAAAGUGUGAACGUGACCUGCAGGUGCAUAAAAAUCGUUACAAAAACCAGUUCUUGUCUUAUGACCACAAAAAAUCAAGUGCUCUCCACGCUCUAAGUGCUCACGCUUCGCAUGCCGCUUUUUGACUGUGAGCAUCCCAAAAAACCUACGUCUUUUAAUUAAAGCAGGACUGCAAAUGCCAGUUUUCACAUGAAGGUUCGUCAUUCGAGUGGACAAGGCAUGAGCUCAUACCGUGGGCAGCAGAUCACCGCGAAUGAGCUCGACUCGGGCUCAAAUACAUGUGACAGAUAUGCAGAUAAUGGUCAACGCAGUCACGCUGUAUAUUCCAGCAUAUUUUAUUUGAUUAGUUCUUUACAUCCAACCUGGCCGGGUAUCAAGCUCACUGCGGGAAGUAUGGCCUUCAAACAGGGAUUCAAUCAAUAGGCAUAUCGAUCUACCACCAGACUAUCAUGUUCUUAGGGAAAAACUCAAUAGCAUGGCUGAAAGCCAGUAUUGCCGAAGGUGUUUGAAUUUUAACUGAACAUCACGUUUUUAUUCGCUCUUAAUGAUAUGCUCGAGUGACAGUUCGAAGCAUCGGAGACGCGACGUGCUGAGAGUCCUGGCUUAAAAAGCUGCCAACUGACCGGCUGAUCCGACUGUUGUGGGGGUAUUUUGGAGUCACUGGGGCACUGAAAAUCAGCCUUCUUAGUGUGACCCUUAUAGUGCUUGUAGCGGGCAGCCAUCAUAACCGGUCUGGUGUCAUUGUUCAAGACCUCGCUGCCUCAAGGUCACUUAGCCCUUCCAGCGAGCCGUUCCAGACGCGCUGAUCUGAAGCCAGUCGACCAACUUCGGCCCGAACACAAUUGCGUCCUCACAGUGUCGCAGCUGCCCAUGCGCCACUUGAAGGCGUCACCCCCUGCAACCAGCAAAGCAAGCCACUGGGACACCACCCCUCGGCAAAUGCAACACACGCUGACUGGACACCACUUGAGCUUGGCCCACGAGCCUACAAAAGCAGCUGCCACCACUAUCUCUCAGGGACCCUCAGGCAUGGCUGGACGCAGUCAACACCAGCCCUGGCUUGGCCAGUGGCCACUGCCGCCUGAGAGAACAACUCGGGGUUCUGUGCACAAUAAAGCCCUCAUUCUGGUGCCUUCUGUCUUCUCCUUACGAUAUGGGAUUUGCCCUGAUAAUGGUAGCGCUCAGACUGCACACACUCACACCGCCUGCCGCAACAUACUCUCACGCACGUGA